AGUCUGGUUGUUUUGCACUUAAUGCUCUGCAGCCUCCGGUCUGAGGGGAGCGGGACAAAAAGUGCGUGUGCUUGGUGGGUGGGCUCCUUCCUGAUGCAGGUGGCCCUUUUCCUGCAUCUGGAGGUGUAGAUGUCUGUGGUGCUGGGAGGCUAACUCCAACAAUCCUCUGUGCAGCCUUCACCACCCUCUGCAGAGCAUUCCUGUCUGCAGCAGAGCAGCUUCCAUGCCACACGUUGAUGCUGGAGCACACGACUCUCUCCACCACACAUCUGUAGAAGGAGGUGAGGACUACGCUCCCGAGUCCAGCUCGUCUCAGCCUCCUGAGGAAGUAGAGCCUCUGAUGUGCCUUUCUGAUGUGCACACCCAAGUACCUGUAACUGUCGACAACUUCCACCGCAGAUCCUCCAAUGUGCAGGGGGAGGUGGGCAUGCUUGCCCCUUCUGAAGUCCACAAUAAUCUCCUUCGUCUUCUUUACAUUGAUGCAGAGGUUGUUUUUUCUGCACCAAUGCUCCAGGUGUUCCACCUCCUGCCUGUAGCUGGACUCAUCUCUGUUCGUGAUGCAUCCAACCACUGCCGUGUCGUCCGCAAACUUCACAAUAUGACAGCCUGGAUGGAGAGAAAUUAAAAUAUUCCAGGGAUUUCCAGGAAUUUCUCCUAAAAUUCAUCAACACAACAAAAAGGAUAUUGAAAUUGCAGAAAUUGUUUGAUACGUUUAACAAAUAAACAAAGCAAAGUCCCGACAUGGAGAAACAUCACCAGCGCAUUCACACAGGAGAGAAACCAUAUCACUGCUCAGACUGUGGGAAGAGUUUUAAUCUACAGAGUCAUCUCAAAAUACACCAGCGCAUUCACACAGGAGAGAAACCGUAUCACUGCUCAGACUGUGGCAAGAGUUUUACUAAACAGAGUCAUCUCAAACAGCAUCAGCGCAUUCACACAGGAGAGAAACCGUAUCACUGCUCAGACUGUGGGAAUAGUUUUAAUCUACAGAGUAGUCUCAAAACACACCAGCGCAUUCACACAGGAGAGAAACCGUAUCACUGCUCAGACUGCGGGAAGAGUUUUAUUACACAGAGUCAACUCAAAAUUCACCAACGCAUUCACACAGGAGAGAAACCGUAUUACUGCUCAGACUGCGGGAAGAGUUUUAUUACACAGAGUCAACUCAAAAUUCACCAACGCAUUCACACAGGAGAGAAACCGUAUUACUGCUCAGACUGUGGGAAGAGUUUUAAUCAAGAGGGUAAUCUCAGUCGACACCAGCGAAUUCACUCAGGAGAGAAACCGUAUCACUGUUCAGACUGUGGGAAGAGUUUUAAUCGACAGAGUAAUCUCAAAAAACACCAGCGCAUUCACACAGGAGAGAAACCGUAUCACUGCUCAGACUGUGGGAAUAGUUUUAAUCUACAGAGUAGUCUCAAAACACACCAGCGCAUUCACACAGGAGAGAAACCGUAUCACUGCUCAGACUGCGGGAAGAGUUUUAUUACACAGAGUCAACUCAAAAUUCACCAACGCAUUCACACAGGAGAGAAACCGUAUUACUGCUCAGACUGUGGGAAGAGUUUUAAUCAAGAGGGUAAUCUCAGUCGACACCAGCGAAUUCACUCAGGAGAGAAACCGUAUCACUGUUCAGACUGUGGGAAGAGUUUUAAUCGACAGAGUAAUCUCAAAAAACACCAGCGCAUUCACACAGGAGAGAAACCGUAUCACUGCUCAGACUGUGGCAAGAGUUUUACUAAACAGAGUCAUCUCAAACAGCAUCAGCGCAUUCACACAGGAGAGAAACCGUAUCACUGCUCAGAGUGUGGGAAUAGUUUUAAUCUACAGAGUAGUCUCAAAACACACCAGCGCAUUCACACAGGAGAGAAACCGUAUCACUGCUCAGACUGUGGCAAGAGUUUUACUAAACAGAGUAAUCUCAAACAGCAUCAGCGCAUUCACACAGGAGAGAAACCGUAUCACUGCUCAGACUGUGGGAAUAGUUUUAAUCUACAGAGUAGUCUCAAAACACACCAGCGCAUUCACACAGGAGAGAAACCGUAUCACUGCUCAGACUGCGGGAAGAGUUUUACUACACAGAGUCAACUCAAAAUUCACCAACGCAUUCACACAGGAGAGAAACCGUAUUACUGCUCAGACUGUGGGAAGAGUUUUAAUCAAGAGGGUAAUCUCAAACGACACCAGCGAAUUCACUCAGGAGAGAAACCGUAUCACUGCUCAGACUGUGGGAAGAGUUUUAAUCGACAGAGUAAUCUCAAAAAACACCAGCGAAUUCACACAGGAGAGAAACAGUAUUACUGCUCAGACUGUGGGAAGAGUUUUAAUCAAGAGGGUAAUCUCAAACGACACCAGCAAAUUCACACAGGAGUGAAACCGUAUCACUGUUCAGACUGUGGGAAGAGUUUUAAUCAACUGAAUUAUCUUAAAAAUCACCAGCGCAUUCACACAGGAGAGAUAACUAUCUCAGAUGUUCCACUGCAAUAAAAAGUGCAAAUUCUAAAUCGUUGACAGCCAAAGCACCUUAUUCCACCCAGAAUCUUCACUCUGUCACUUCACUCUGUCACUCUGACACAUUCCACCAGAAACAAUCAAGAACUGAAUUUAACAAUGGCUUUUACAGGUUCAGCAAAAUGAAUCUUAUCUGGGGAUGUUGUUUAAUGUAUUCCAUGAUAUGUUUUUCCCAGACAUGUGUAUGUAUAAAGACAUGUAAAAAAAACUAGAAACUCAGACUUAAGUAAAAGUACAAGUAUAUUUAUUUGAUUAGAAUCUGAAGUGUUAUUUAAGUUUCAUACUUGUUGUACUUGUGUUGCAAGUAGUUUUUCUACAUAUUUGAAUCUAGUACUGAAAGCAAAUUACAACUAAUGUGUUAUGUAGAUAUUAUGGAAAGAACUCAAAAGUUUGAAUAUCAUCUUGUUUAUAUUAUUUCUAAUGUUUAUAGAGUACAUUUACAUGAAGUCUUAAAUUAACUUUUUGUGUUGAACACACACAGCAAACUCAGCCACACUGCCCUCCCUUAAAAAACAUGGACUGUAAAUGAAUUUGAGAAGUGUCUCCAGGGGGAGGUUGAACGUCAUAUCAGUAGUGAAGUAAAAAAUUAUAAAAUAAAAUACAGCAUUUUGGUAGUUAAGUACAGUGGUGAAGUAGUUCUGCUUGUUACUAUAUAUCUCUGCUAACACCAGCAUGAUCUGUUGGGGCUUUUCCAUGAAUAAAUAAAAGUGAAAAUGCUAGUUUACAGUAAAAUACUUUCUAGGACACUUCACUAAUUUACAGGUUCUGCAUUAGCCUUUAGAACUAAUAAUAUUUAACAUUUAAAGAGUGUGGAUUUCAUAGUUUCAGGACAUUUGUAGUUUAAAAAUUGAGUAUGCUUUGCCAUAAGGAGGAAAGAAUAAUUUGGUAAAUAUAUAUUUCAUUCCCAGCCUUAACAGAUACUUAUUUGUUUAAAUGUAAACCUUUUCAUUUUAUUUUCUCCAAUUCUGUUCAUUUAUUUACCUUGCAAAUGUGUAUUGUGUCACCCUGUUUAAUGUUGUUCAAAAGGAGUCUUUGUUUUUGUUUUUGCUGGUUAAAAUAUAAAUGUUUUUUUUUUUUUUUUUUUUUUUUUACCUUCCUGGAAUUAUGUGUUUUGUUUUGAUUAAUCAAAUUUAAUCAUUAAGUGUUUUUUCUUAGAAUAUAUGGUAGAUUUCUGAGGCUGUAAUCCACAAAGUUGAUCAAAGUUGGAUACCUUUCCUUUGGGACAAGCAGUUAGCCAGGUCAAAUUUUAAAUUACUAAUGAACCAAUAAAAGUACAUUCAUGAAGGUUUCUCCUCCCACCAGUAAGAAGAUUGAAGCCUCAGCGAAGACAACUUUUCUAGUAUAUGCAGAUUUAUGUGCUCUCUGUUUCGUUUAUGUGCGUUUCGCGCAAAGUAUUGGACACAACUUAAUAUGUGGUGCUCACCACUUAGUAUGUUGUGUUUACCACUUAGUGUAUUUACUGGUCUGUACCUGACUUCACAGAUUGCUAUGUUGUGCUGUGCACAUGCUCUGUGAUCCUCCUUCCUUUCAUCAUGGAAAUGGGGGUUAUGAAUUUUUGGAGUCAUGGCAGAUGGCACAAAAAGAAUGAAAGCAAAUUAAAGAUAAUAAGAUAAGGUUUUCUGUUUAUACAGUUAUCAAAACCAUAUUAUUUAGCUGCCAUUUGUGAUCUAAUGUAGGCUGAACUAUCCAGAACGAUCCAGCUGACCUAACGCUAGCUAAGUUAGCCUAGCUCAGAAGGCUUGCAUUGCUCUCUGUACAAAGUAAGGUAGGCUUGGGUAAAAGUAGCAGCUGUGUGUGUGUGUGCGUGCGCCAAAAAGCUUUUUCUACAAAAUGAUAAUU